UUUUCCAGUGCUCAUUGGGGACUGUUAAGUUCCCACUAAGUUCAGUAAGGCGUCAAUGUGUACAAAAGUAUUCAGAGAAGUGCUAACUUUUCACCGCAGUCACUGCUGACAAGAAGAAGGACUCGGAUCACAGUUAGGGUCUAGGUGUCCGGACUUGAAACAUGGACCCACCAACUGGGCCGUCAAUGGGGCCUUAUGACUACGACCUGCUGGUUAUUGGAGGGGGAUCUGGAGGCCUGGCAGUGGCACAGGAAGCUGCAGGGUUGAGGAGAAAGGUGCUGAUCCUUGACCUUGUGGCGCCGUCUCCAAGAGGCACCAAGAGGGAACUGGGGGGUUCCAGUUAUAACAUGGACAACAUCAGGAAAUUUCUGCAACAGGCAUCCCUGCUGGGAACAGCUAUCCAAGACUCUCAGAAAUAUGGCUGGAGGUUGAAAGAGCAUGUGUGCCAUGGCUGGAGUGAGCUGGUGGAGGCUGUGCAGGAGCAGGUGAAGACUCGCAGUUCAGAGUUGAAGCGGGAGCUGAAGACCUGUGGAGUCUUUUACCUCAAUGCUCAUGGAGAGUUAGUAGGGCCCCACAAAGUGGAGGUGACAGAUGUGUAUGGGAGGAAGAGGUGUCUGACAGCAGAGAGCAUUGUCAUCGCUACAGGAGACAGACCUCAGUAUCUGGGCAUACCUGGGGACAAAGAGUACUGCCUAACCAGUGAGGAUCUCCUCUCCCUGCCUCAGCCUCCAGGUCGGACCCUGGUGGUCGGCGGGUCUGCGGAGGGGCUGGAGUGUGCCGGGUUCCUGUUUGGCCUUGGACUACCAGUCACUGUCAUGCUGCAGCCUGAGCUGCUCCCUGGGUUUGAUCAGAAAAUGGCACAGAUGAUAGAAAAUCACAUGACUGUUGGUGGAGUUGACUUCCUUUAUCACUGUUCACUCACCAAGGUGGAGCUGACUGAAAGUUGCACUAAGGAUGCCGUAUCCGGUGAUUCUGCAACACCACAGCAGGUUUCUAGGGGGAGUCUUAGGGUGACUUUCAUCUCCAAAGAAGGCCAAACUAAACAGGAAGACUUUGACACAGUGCUGCUCGCUGUUGGAAGAAAAGCCUUCACCAGUGACAUUGGCCUGGAGCGUGUUGGGGUGCUGUGCAGUCAGGACAGUGGCGGGAUCCUGGUGAAUGAGAAGGAUCAGACCAGUGUGGAACGUAUUUAUGCCAUCGGAUCAGUGCAGCAUGGACGCCCCUCCACUACAGGCCUCUCAGUGCAUGCUGGGACACUGCUGGCCCGUCGACUCUUCAGAGAAGACAGCCUCUUGUGUGAUUACACCAGUGUGCCUACUGUUGUGCUGACUCCACUGGAAUAUGCUGCCUGUGGUUUGUCUGAGGAGAAAGCCAAUCUAACAUUUGGAGAAGCCAGUGUAGAGGUGUAUCACAACAACUACUGGCCCCUGGAGUGGACACUUCCUGCCAGGAAUAAAUACUCCUGCUAUAUAAAAGUCAUCUGCCACAUCCCUGACAAUGAGCGUGUGGUUGGUCUCCAUGUCAUGGGUCCCAAUGCUGGAGAUAUCCUCCAAGGCUUCGUCACAGCCAUGAAAUGUGGUCUCACCAAACAACAGCUGGAUGCCACGGUGGGCAUCCACCCAGGAUCAGCCCAGUGGUUCACCACAUUGACCCAAACCCGGCGUAUGACUGAGGCCAUGACGAUGAGAGGAAACUGCUGAGGUUAGCCCCCUGCUGUCAAUCACAGUUGCUAAGGCUACUGUAUAAGACAGCAGGGAAAUGUUUGCAAUCACCCUGAAGAGUGCCGGCAGCAGGAUGGCCAGCUCACCAUCCAAUGACAUCCUCACCUGAAGCCUGACAGACAGGCGGGCGAGGACUGAUGCUCUGCUGCUGACACACUGCUGCUUUUUAUGCAUUUUUUAAAUAAUGAACAGCUUGCUUUUAGCAGAACUUUGAAAUCUACAGUACCAUUGAUGCAUUUUUACAGCUCUCAACUUUAAGGAAGAUAACAUGCUCCCUUAGGUUGUGCCUUUGAAAGCCUCUGUAAGCUUUAAUAUAGCUGAGUUUUUAAAGGCUGCAGGAGAGUGAUAAGACUCUGGGAUUUGAUGCAUUUACAUGGAGUAAAAGCUCCGGCUUAUACUCUGUGUUUUUAUUGCUGUGGCACGAGCCUCUGGGGCUUUACUGCCUUAAUUUCAUGUAAUGAACUCGAUGGGGAUUAUGGAUUUACCCAAAUUAAUAGUGUUUAUUGGCGAAUGCUCUCACUUUAAUUGAUGCAUGUGCUGUCUUUAUUGAGAGAUUAGGCCAGAGUUCCUGACGCACUCUCUUGUUUGAUUUUCCUCUUUUAUAUUCUCUAUAAUUCAGUGCCGCCAAGCAUAGCGACCGUCUUAAAACAACUGUUGAAUAUUCAUCAUUACGUGAAGUGUCUCAUACAAAUGAAUGCAUUGACUGGAGUGGAGAUAUUUCUUAAAAGCUUGCCGCUGACCCUUGAAGGUUUUCUCCGCCACCUCGGCUCUACACUCUGCAUUCAAAAAAACGCGCGUGAGCGUUCAGCAUGGGCGCGCCCGUACAAGGGCGUCAUUCUCAUUCCCUUGGUGUGUUGCAGCACGUCACGAGAGCAGAGGGACCCAUCCAUCCCAUGUUAAUGCCUUUACUGCCGUGCAUAGUGCUGUUGCUCACUAAACAUUGCAGCAAUUAGAUGCAAAUGCUCUAGGGUUAUUCUCCAGACCACCUUCUGAUUCUGUCCUGACAGAGCUCAUUGUGUAAGUAAGACAGAUCUCCUAAUUAGAAAAAGUGCACAGGAGUCCCUCUUUUGGCAUGUGCCUGAAAAUGCCAUUAGAGCAUAAUUCGAUCAGAGCUUCUGUGACUUUGUGCAGGUCCCACGGCAAGGUUAAGACGCAGCACAAGGGUCUAUCUAUCACAGCCUGCUGUUGGACAGUGCUCAGAGGUCUCACCUGACCCGCUGCAGUGUGCUGGGACACCACUAGAUGGCACUGUAACUGUUUGUGGAAUUAAUGAAAGAGCAAUAAAAGUGAUACA